AUGGAGCGUGCACGCGAGUCCGUGCUCGGCCGUCGUGGUGUGUGCGGGCGUGCUUGGCUUGCCUACCGAGGUGUGCCGAUGAGCGGCGGGCCUAUUGCUAACGUGGGGGGCUGCUCGCUAGCGUGGGGGCCGCCGAAUGCUAUGGAGGGCCACUGCUGGUAUGGG